AUGAAGGCAGCCAUCGCAUUGUCCCUGCUGCUGCUUUUUGCGCAGAACAGUCUACAAGAUGACUCGCCUGCGCAAAAGGCCUGCAAGGCACUGCACGAGAAGUAUCCCAAAUUGACCGCAUAUGGUCUGGAUCAUGCCUAUAUCGAGGCCAACACGGACUUCUAUACGUCAAGCGCCUUCUUCGGCCCAGCAUGCGUCUUCGAACCAUCCGACAGUUACCAAAUGGCCGAUGCAGUCCUGACGUUCCAGAACUUCACUUCCCCCUUUGCCGUCCGUGGUGGUGGACACAUGCCUAUCGCGGACGCGGCGAAUAUUAAUUCAACGGGUAUCUUGCUUUCCACGGCGGGAUUGUCGCAGGUGCAGGUGUCUGAUGAUAAGAAGACGGUUAAUAUCGGGCCGGGGAAUCACUGGGUGGAUGUGUACAAGGGGCUGGAGCCGUAUGGGUUGACUGUUGUUGGUGUGCCCGGGUUGUUGCUGGGAGGGGGUGUGUCGUAUUUUGGGAAUGAGUAUGGGUGGGGGUCUGCUAAUAUUGCUAGUUUUACGGUCGUCUUGGCGAACGGAACGGUUGCAGUCGCCCGCGCAGACAAUGAAUACUCGGAUCUCUUCUGGGCUCUUCGCGGUGGUGGAAAUUCGUUUGGUAUCGUGACGAACUUUGAGAUGACCACCAUCGACGCACCCGAGGUAAUGAUCGGAUUGGCCUCGUACGUGAACAACGAGCACACUGCAGACGCCUUUAUCGACGCCGUCCAUGACUACGCGGUGUCCGGAACGAAAGACUACAAGUCGGCGACUAUCCCGACGGUAGAGUUUAUCCAAGCCUUGGGCACAACGUUCUAUACCUCUUUUGUCUUCCACAACGGGAAGAACGAGUCUCCUGCGUCGUUGAAGAAGUUCCUGGGUACGAAGAAUGGCACGUCCAGCAACGACAAAGGACUGAAGACUAUGACCAACUCGUACUCCCACCGGUCGAUGUACAAGUGGACCACUGAGCUGGACCCGACAUUCCCACUGCUCAAGGGUGACCGUCAACGUUUCUACGUGUUGAAUAUCCACGCGUCGAACCGCGAGGCUAUCGCCAUCGUGCACGAUACGUAUCUGGACAUUGCCAAGUCUGAGCUUCCGCCUGGUGUGCUUGUCGCGGCACUCGCCUUUCCGGCUGUGGGCGAGAAGUAUAUCGAGGCAUCGACAGUGAAUGGUGGCGACCCCAUGUCGUUGGACCCCGAAGGCGCGCCGUACAUCUGGGUUGAGGAGAGCAUCACAGCUCUCAGCACAGUGACAGACGAACAACUGGAUGAAUUCUACGACAAGGCGAACAGCGACAUCACCAAACGCCUCAAAGAAAAGGGAAUCGACAGUCCGGCAUUCUUGGACCUGAACGACGCCAAUCCCAAACAGGACGUGUUUUCGACGUAUCCCAAGGAGAAUGUUGACCGGUUGAAGAAGAUCCGGGCCAAGUAUGAUCCUGAGCGGGUGUAUACGGAGUUGAUGCCUGGGGGAUGGAAGGUGGAUUAGUUCACUAACCAACUAAGUUAGUUAGUGAACUAGCCAGCCACUUUAUUGAAUACGAGUACGAACAAACAGUCAUGCAAGUUAUGUAAUGCAGGAUUAUGCAGACACGUUAUGCAGUGGCAAGUCAAAGGCCGGUUGAGCCGCCAAUCGGGGGAAUGGUUCCACGGUUGGUGGGUGGGACUAUACUAAAAAUCUAAUUGGGCUAUGAUGCCGAAUACGAUCGUAGAGUCACGUGUAAGGCAGAUUUCGAUCGUUACAGGUGUACUCUGUAACGAUAUGUACUCCAUACUGUAAAACCCCGUUAUAAGCAACUAUUUCGGCAGGUCGCGGAAAUUGCUUAUAACGGAGUAUUGCUUAUAUCGGAUU